AUGGGUGGGUUAAUAGCUCGUAGUGGUAUAUUUGGCAACUCAUUGGCAUGGUUAUCUACCAAUAAUGUGGAUUUAUUAACCUGGUGGAAAGGUAAUUUUGGAGCUGUGAUACCUGAAUUGACAAAAGUUGCGGUAAGAGUUCUUUCUAUUCCUACCUCAUCAGCUGCAGUGGAAAGGAAUUGGUCUACAUUUUCUUAUGUACAUGUUUUUAAAUUAGUUUAUAUAUAUAUUAAUAAUAAAUUGAAAACCCAAAGAUAA